AUGAGUGGAACAUCUACAGGAGCGUCGACCAAGGUCGGGCAUGCAUUGGCCAGAGUCCUAGGCAUCAAACUCCAGGAUGACGAUGAAAAUGUUUACCGGCACGACGACGCAGUCACUAGAGGCGAGUCUGUCUUCUCUACCCGAACUGGUGAAGGCCCCAUCGAUGGACCGCCUACGACUUCAGAGUGGCUUCAUGACCAGCUGCCUUCGCAGGCCGAGGUCGUAAGCUAUGUCAGGUCUCUCUUUCCCUUCAUAUCUUGGCUUCCUCACUACAACUUGCAAUGGCUCGCGGGUGAUAUUGUAGCCGGCAUCACUAUUGGCGCUGUCCUCGUCCCCCAGGGUAUGGCUUAUGCAUUGCUGGCAAACCUCCCUCCACAAUUCGGCUUGUAUUCGUCCUUUAUGGGGCCCAUCACGUAUUGGAUAUUCGGCACAUCCAAAGAUAUAUCAAUCGGCCCGGUGGCCGUCUUAUCCACAGUCGUUGGAACGGUGGUGGCAGAUGUUGGUGGUGAUCUUCCUCCAAACGUGGUAGCCACGGCGUUUUCUGUCAUUGCCGGAAGUAUUGUUCUUGGUAUUGGCAUCCUUCGCCUGGGCUGGGUAGUUGAUCUCAUAUCCAUCACCUCGCUGUCUGCUUUCAUGACGGGGUCCGCCAUUACUAUUGGCGCCAGUCAGCUCCCUUCGCUGUUUGGCAUCACGGGCUUUUCCAACCGAGAUCCGGCAUACAGAGUCAUCAUCAACACGCUGAAGCACUUGCCUGAAACUAAACUGGACGCUGCUAUUGGCCUCACAGCCCUCUUCUUCCUCUAUCUGAUACGAUACACUCUGACCAGAGCUGCCGAAAGGUGGCCAGCCAAUAAGCGUAUCAUCUUUUUCCUCAACACAAUGCGGACGGUGUUUGUCAUUCUCCUUUAUACCAUGGUGAGCUGGCUGAUCAACAAAGAUCGGAAAACUCACCCGGCGGUUCGUGUUCUAGGGGCUGUUCCAAAAGGAUUUAAACACAACGGCGUCCCAGAGAUCCCACCGGGACUUGUUUCAUCGUUUGCUUCCCACCUUCCGGCAGGGGUCAUUGUCAUGCUUGUUGAGCAUAUUGCCAUCUCCAAGUCUUUUGGCAGGGUGAAUAACUACACCAUUGACCCAUCACAGGAAAUGGUUGCUAUUGGCAUGACCAACUUGUUGGGCUCAUUUCUCGGUGCCUAUCCAUCUACCGGGUCUUUCAGCCGAACAGCUAUCAAAUCAAAAGCUGGCGUCAGAACUCCUGCCGCGGGACUCGUCACCGGAUUAGUUGUGCUUUUAGCCGCCUACCUCUUGACGGCCGUCUUCUUUUACAUCCCUAAUGCAGUCCUCGCUGCGGUUAUUAUCCACGCCGUCGGUGACUUGAUCACACCGCCAAACACGCUGUAUCAGUUUUGGAGAGUCUCUCCCAUAGAAGUCUUCAUCUUCUUCAUUGGUGUGUUCAUCAGUGUCUUUGCACAGAUCGAGGACGGCCUAUAUGCAACCGUAUGCAUAUCGGCCGCCGUUCUCAUCUAUCGCAUCUUGAAGGCGCGUGGACGAUUCCUGGGCAAAGUCAAGGUUCACUCUGUCCUUGGAGACCACGUUAUUGGAGACGACCACAAACAACUGGUGGGAGAAUACGGCACAUUUGAGGAAAGGGCUGAGAACGCUGCCAGAAAUAUCUUCCUACCACUUGACCAUGGCGACGGCUCCAACCCCGAAGUCGAGUUGGAAAAUCCAUACCCUGGCAUCUUCAUCUACCGCUUCUCGGAGGGGUUCAACUACCCAAGCGCAAAUUUCGCUUUGGAGUUCUUGACCAGCUUUAUUUAUGCGCACACGCGCCGGUCAAGCCCAGAGACGUACGAGCGUAAGGGCGACCGACCGUGGAACAAUCCAGGUCAGCGGAAGCCUGGAAAGGCAAAACGGGAUCCCGAGGAUGACCAGAAGCCGACUCUAAAAGCAAUCAUUUUGGAUUUUAGCUCCGUCAACAAUGUGGACAUCACCUCAGUCCAGCGCCUUAUCGAUGUGCGAAACGUACUUGAUGCGUAUGCAGCCCCAGACGCUGUGGACUGGCACGUCGCAUGCAUCAACAACCGAUGGACCAGGCGGGCGCUCAUUGCUGGCGGGUUUGGCACUCCCACAAAGUCGAUGGAUGGCAUUCCACACAGGUGGAAGUCCAUCUUUAGCGUCGCAGAGAUUGGUGGGAAAGACUCUGCUGCGGCAGUUGCUGAGGAGAACGCCAUUAAGAGAGAAUUAUCCAUGAUGGCUCAUAGACCAGGAGAUGAAGAAAUGGCAAAGGUCGAUGUCACGACCGAGGAAGAAGAGGAAGCGAAAGAGGAAGCGCCAAGACCUAAUAAUCUCGCAGAGAAGCCAGGGGGAUCUCCCAAGGCAGCAUACAAACGAAAGGGGGCCAUCAUCAGCGGUUUAGACAACCCCCUAUUCCACGUAGACUUGACCAGCGCUGUGCAGAGCGCCAUUGCCAAUGUAGAAGCCAGGCUGGAGGCGAGGAGCAGCGCAUGA